GCGUGUCGUGCUCCUGCGAUCCCCGGAACCCAAUCUCUCUCGACCCAUCCAUUAACCCCCCUCCGAACCCUUCUUCGUCCUCUGCCGAGCUCCUCUAAUGGCGAUCGUCGCCCCUUCCUCCCCCGUAACCCUAGACUCCAAGCCCGAAAAAUCCGACUCCGAGAACCCUCCUUCCUCCUCCGCCCCCUCCGCGCCCAUCGAAAACCCUAAUCCCAACCCCGUAAACCCUAACCCUAACCCCGUCGUGGCUCCGCCGCCCCCGGCCGUUCCAUCCUUCGCACCGUCGUUCCGGCCCUUGGGAGCCCCGCACGUGCCCCAGUACUCCCCAGUCCCGAACCCUAGCUACCCGAUGGCCCCAAACCCUAGCAUCCAGCCUCCGGGGGUGGCGGCGAUGCCUCCGGGGGCCGCGGCGGGUGGUGUGGGAGUUGCGGCGGUGCGCCCGGUGGGGAUGUAUGCGGUUGCGCCUGGGCAACCGCCGGUGCACUAUGGGCAGGUUCCGAAUGGGUAUAUGGCGGUUCCUCCUCAGCCAGGGGUGAUCCCUCCACCCGGAGUGCCUCGUUAUCCCGGCCCAUACCCUGCUAUGAUGCGCCCAGGUUUUCCCCCACGCCCAAUCCCUUCAGUCGGCGUGAUUCCACAGCUUCCACGGCCUCCUGUUCCAGGGAUCCGUGGUGUUCCACCCAUUGUGACCCCUUCAGUCAGACCUGUUGUCCCCAUUGUUGCUCCAGCUGAAAAGCCACAGACUACAGUUUACGUUGGCAAGAUUUCUCCCUCAGUAGACAAUGAGUUUCUCCUUUCUCUUCUCCGACUGUGUGGACCAGUGAAAAGUUGGAAGCGUGCUCAAGAUCCUAGUACUGGCACUCUUAAAGGCUUUGGGUUUUGUGAGUUUGAAUCUGCUGAAGGAAUUCUUCGCGCACUGCGCUUGCUCAGUAAAUUAAACAUUGACGGUCAAGAAUUGGUGUUAAACAUUAAUCAAGCGACCAGGGAGUAUCUUGAGAAAUAUGUUGAAAAGAAGACAGAAAGGGAAAAGGAAAAGAUGAAAGAAAACGAAUCUGGAGGUGGCGAUAAAGAGAGUGAAAGUAUAUCUGGUAGCAGAAAGGAGUUGCUGAAGCCAGCCACAGAGGAAGCCAAAAAGGAUUCGGAAGAUUCCAGUGAUAAAGAAAAUCAAGAGGACUCACAGAAAUUUGGUGUUGUUACUGAUGAAGAUCGUGAGGCGGACAGAGAUGCUGUAGAGAAGAUUAGCGAUAUGAUUGAGGAGAGACUAAAGACCAAUCCCUUGCCGCCUCCACCACCAGUACCGCCACCUGCUGAUGGCUUAGCUAAGUCACAGUCUGAACUUGCUUCCAGAUCAAGAGAUGGCGAUUCAGAAGUCGAUGUAAUGAAAAGUGAUGCUGCCGAAGAGAAGAAUGAUGAAGAAACCACAAGUGAAAACAAGGCAGCAACUGAAAGUGACAAGCCUGGAGUAAGCUCACCUGAUAGGAAUAGGAGUGAUAGGAGUAAAGAGCGAGAAAAAGAACGUGAGAAAAGGGAAAAGGAGAGAGAACUCGAGAGAUACGAGAGAGACCGCGAGCGCGAGCGAGUCAGAAGGGAGCGAGAGAGGGAACAGAAACAAAGAGAAUCGGAGCGGUUAUAUAGGGAACGUCUCAAGGAAUGGGAAGCUAGAGAGAGAGAGAAAGAGUAUCACCGGCAGCAUGAGAGGGAGAGAGAGAAGGACAAAGAGCGGGAGCGCCGGAGGGAGGUCUUGAGGCAGGAGGAUGAAAGUGAUGAUGAUGACUCGAGGAAAAGAAGGCGGAGAAGCAGCACUCUCGAGGAUAAGAAAAGAAAGAGGCAGCGUGAGAGAGAGGAUGAUGCGGCUGAUAGAUUAAGGGAGGAGGAAGAAAUUGCUGAAGCUAAGAGAAGAGCAGUUGAGGAGCAGCCAAAAGAAGUUGAAUUAAAGCCUUCUGUGGUAGUGGAAAUGGAGUGCGAAAACCCUAUAAUUCCCGAAGAAAGAGAAGAUGCUGAAGGAAAGCAAGUAGCUUCAGAUCAGAAUUGUGAGGUUGUUUCCACUAAUGGAGAUGUUAAUGUUGGUGAUGGAAUCCAUAGGAACAGUAACGGUGAUGAACUGAACAUGCAAUCGGACCAAGCUCCUGACCUUAAGCAGAAUACCAAUGGUCCAACUAAGAAGCUGGGAUUUGGUUUAAUUGGUUCAGGAAAAAGAACAAAUGUUCCUUCUGUUUUUCAUCAAGAGGACGAUGAGGAUGUGGAGGAGAAAAAGAUGAGACCCCUCAUACCCAUUGAUUACUCCACUGAGGAAUUACAAGCUGUCCAAAGUAAUGCUUCUGGGGCACCGCCAAAUAUUGCUGCUGCUGCUGAGUAUGCCAAGCGCAUCUCCUCUGCUAAUCCAAAGGAAGAAAAACAUGAAAUAGAAAAGGAUAGAAGUAGGCGAUCUAGUGAGAGAUCGAGCCACCGAGAUCGUGAUAGGAAUGAUGAUGAGGGUAAGGAGAGGAUGCAUGAGAAGAUGUAUGAUCGGGAGAAAGAUCGAGAAGAGAAACCUAAAACAGAAAACAAGAAGCUUUUAGAUGCGAAGCAGUUGAUUGACAUGAUCCCAAAGACUAAGGAGGAGCUAUUUGUCUAUGAAAUUAACUGGGCAAUUUACGACAAACUUGAGUUGCAUGAGAGAAUGAGACCUUGGAUUUCAAAAAAAAUCACUGAGUUUCUUGGCGAGGAGGAAGCAACAUUGGUAGACUAUAUUGUGUCCUGUACCAAAGAUCAUGUCCAGGCAUCAAAGAUGCUAGAGUUGCUUCAAUCUAUACUAGACGACGAAGCUGAGAUGUUUGUUCUCAAAAUGUGGAGGAUGCUGAUAUUCGAAAUCAAGAAAGUUGAGACAGGCCUAGCAGCCAAAAGGAUUUCCUAUUAUCAUCUCGAAAGAGUGGCUCUCAAAGGUCUUUUACUGCAACUGGAACUUGAAACUUUGCAGCACACUUCUCUGGAGUGCAAUGUGGGAUUGAAACCUCUAGUUAUGGUCAAACUGAUGGGGCAAAUAUCACUACCAUCGCCUCGAGCCGACCAAAUAGAAGUUUCAACUAGUAGCUUGGCUGUUUUGCUCCCAGAAAUAUUGCCGUUCCUAGAAAAACAAUUAUCUGACAGAGUUCGUACAGACUUUCUGCACGUUCUGAAGGUCAAAGAUGGCAGCAAGUGGAGUAAAUAUGUACAGCUAAGAACGAUGGCAAAAAAUGAUAAACAAAUACCAAAAACAAAGAAAAUGCUGAAGGAAUUAGGGAAAAGACUCAGCAGUAUCAAGGCGCAUAUAAUAUUCGAAAACCCCAUCGCAAAGAAGAAGAAGAGGAGGAGGAGGAGGAGGAGACAACAACAAACCGAAACCCAAAUUCAAAUCCAAGCACCCUCUUCCUCUGCACGGCCCCCACCUUGGAUUCCUCCAAUUCCUGGGAGUAUUUCUAGCACAACAAUGACUCACCGCCACGAUGGUCAUAAGCCAUUCCUCUUCCCCGGGGUCCAAUCCACCGUUCUCCCCGACCCCUCCCCCUUAUUCUCCCCCCAACUCCUCUCCUCCCCUCUCCCCACCAACUCCUUCUUCCAGAACUUCGCCCUCAAAAAUGGCGACCAGCCCGAGUACAUCCAUCCCUACCUCAUCAAAUCCUCCUCCUCCUCCCUCUCCCUCUCCUUCCCCUCCCGCUUCGCCACCCCUUCCUUCAUCUACCAAACCUUCGUCCCGGACCUCACCGUCUCCUCCCCCUCCGCCUCGGACGCUAACCCUAAAUCCCACCUCAUCUCCUCCUUCGACGACCUCAGCGUCACCCUCGACCUCGUCCCCUCCUCCCUCCGCUGCUUCCUCGUCCGCGGGAGCCCCUUCGUCACCGUCUCCACCCUCGGCUCCUCCCCCGCGGACCUCUCCAUCGCCACCAUCCACGCCUUCCUCUCCGUCGCCCCCAACGCCUCCUUCACCAAGCACAGGUUCGAGCUCAACAGCGGCCAGACCUUCCUCUGCUACUCCUCCGCCCCGCUCCGCCUCGCCCCCUCCGGGGUCUCCCUCCUCACCGCCCCCGCCUUCUCCGGCGUCGUCCGCCUCGCCUUCUUGCCCGACCCCAGCUACGAGCCCGUCCUCGACCGCUUCAGCUCCUGCUACCCGGUCUCCGGCGCCGCCUCCCUCGCCCGCCCCUUCUGCGUCGAGUACAACUGGGCCAAGGAGGGCUGGGGCGAGCUGCUCCUCCUCGCGCACCCGCUCCACCUCCGCCUUCUCGACCGCGCCUGCGGCGUCACCGUGCUGGAGGACUUCAAGUACAGAAGCAUCGACGGCGAUCUCGUCGGCGUCGUCGCGGAUUCCUGGGUGCUCAGGACUGAUCCCGUGUCGCCCACUUGGCAUUCGAUGAAAGGCGUCAGCGAGGAUGGCUUCGCCGAGAUCGCAUCCGCUCUCUGCAAGGACGCCGACGGCCUCUGCUCCGCGCCCAUCGCUACCACUUCGUCCUACUUUUACGGGAAGGCGGUCGCCCGCGCUGCCCGGCUGGCUUUGAUCGCGGAAGAGGUCGGCUUUCCCGACGUGAUUCCGGCCGUGCGGCAGUUCUUGAAGGCCUCCGUCACUCCGUGGCUGGAUGGGAGCUUCGGCGGGAAUGCUUUUCUCUAUGAUCACAAAUGGGGCGGGCUCGUCACCAAGCAGGGGUCGGUGGAUUCCGGCGCGGACUUUGGUUUCGGGAUCUUUAAUGAUCACCAUUACCACUUGGGUUACUUUAUAUACGCAAUUGCCGUCCUUUCUAAGCUCGAUCCGUCGUGGGGAAGGAAGUAUAUGUCUCAUGCUUAUUCGAUGGUCGCCGAUUUCAUGACUUUGUCCCGCAAGCAGGAUGCCAGUUAUGCUAGAUUGAGAUGCUUUGAUCUCUGGAAGUUGCAUUCUUGGGCGGGAGGAUUGACGGAGUUUGCUGACGGGCGGAAUCGGGAGAGCACGAGCGAGGCGGUGAAUGCGUAUUACUCCGCCGCCCUUUUGGGAUUGAGCUUUGGCGAUACCCACCUCGUGGCCAUCGGGUCGACACUCGCUGCCUUCGAGAUUCUCGCCGCACAGACGUGGUGGCACGUGCGGGAGGGGGAAGGGAUGUACGAGGACGAUUUUAGUAGGGAGAAUCGAGUGGUGGGAGUAUUGUGGGCUAAUAAGAGGGAUAGCGGGCUCUGGUUCGCUCCCCCCGAGUGGAAGGAAUGCAGGCUGGGUAUUCAGGUCUUACCGUUGCUGCCGAUUACUGAGGUUCUGUUCCAAGACGUCGCGUUCGUGAGGGAGUUAGUGAAGUGGGCGUCGCCGGCUUUGGCGCGGGAAGGUGUUGGGGAAGGGUGGAAGGGCUUUGCGUAUGCGUUGGAAGGGGUGUAUGACAAGGAGAGCGCAAUGGAGAAGACUAGGGCGUUGAAUGGAUUCGAUGAUGGUAAUUCGCUCUCGAAUAUGCUGUGGUGGCUUUACAGUAGGGGCGAAGAUGUGGAGGGGGUAAUUGCGUCCGUGAGAUGCUGCUGGUAUCGGCAUUACUGCCAUUAAAAGAGAAGUAUAUUAUUAUGUGUUUGGUUUGAUUGCUUCUCACUUAGGUAUGCAUGGAUUUGCUUGCGGUUGGUGAGCAGAUCAUGAUCUGCCGAAUAAGUGAUACCGACACAAACUGCAUACUGACGUGUUGAAGUGAGAAUACCCUGCUACCUUGGGUUGUAUCGGGCACUGAGUAUGGUACAAUACUAGUUGAUUUCUUUCCAUAUUUGUGGGACAAAUUAUAAAUAAAGUGUGAUUUGCAGCGGAAACUUAUGAGGUUCUC